UCAAUGAAAUUUGGAAAAUGUUGGAAAAUGCCUGGGAAAUUAUGAAACAAUGUUAACGCUGACCGAAUUAAACAAAUUAAAAUGACACUGUGAAACGAUAACUUUACAAACAGAGCUUUAAGUUUUGUAGUUUUUCUACUCAUGUUAAUGACCGCAAAGUACAAUAUUUAUUGAUGGAAAAGUAGCGCGCUAACGUACUAAUGAGGAUGAAACGGCAAAAUGUUCGUACAUUAUCGCUGGUGGUGUGCACGUUCACGUAUCUGCUGAUCGGCGCGGCCGUCUUCGACGCGCUGGAGUCCGAAACUGAAAGUAAACGCUGGGAGGUUUUAUCAGAUAUGAAAAAUGGCCUAGUCCGUAAAUACAAUAUUACAGCAGAAGACUACCACAUGAUAGAGAUAGUAAUAUUAGAGAACAAGCCACACAAAGCCGGUCCACAAUGGAAGUUUGCUGGAGCCUUUUAUUUUGCAACAGUCGUUUUGGCUAUGAUUGGUUACGGGCAUUCCACUCCAGUGACGGUUGGUGGAAAAGCAUUCUGCAUGGCAUAUGCAAUGGUUGGCAUUCCACUAGGGCUGGUCAUGUUCCAAAGUAUUGGCGAACGGUUGAACAAAUUCGCUUCGGUCGUCAUCCGUCGCGCCAAGUGCUACCUCCGCUGCAGCACCACAGAAGCUACCGAGAUGAACCUCAUGUUCGCUACAGGCAUGCUGUCUUCCAUCAUCAUUACCACUGGAGCGGCGGUAUUCUCAAGAUAUGAGGGCUGGAGUUAUUUUGACAGCUUUUACUACUGCUUUGUGACCCUGACGACGAUUGGUUUUGGAGAUUAUGUUGCGCUUCAGAAUGAUCAAGCUUUAACCAGUAAGCCCGGUUAUGUUGCCCUCAGUCUGGUAUUCAUACUUUUUGGACUAGCAGUAGUUGCUGCCAGCAUCAACUUACUUGUGCUGCGUUUCAUGACUAUGCAAGCAGAAGAAAACGCUCGAGAUGAGGAGAAAGACGGCUCGAGAACGCUGUUGCCUAUCGAUGGGCAUGUGCUAGCGGGCCGCCAGCGUUCGCACGACGAUCAAGCUUCGGUGUGUUCGUGCAACUGCCUCGGCAAUAAGCAGUGCGAGGGCGGCGCUCUGUUGGCGGCGCCUCGCGCGUCGCGUCGUGCCUCACGCGCAUCGCUCUCGGUCGACCUCAUCGAGCGGGCAUCUGUGUAAUGUUAUGAUUUAUGAUGAACAAUGUGCCA